AUGGCGGCAUCAUCUUUGCUCAGGUCGACGAUCCUUUGGAUCUUAGCAGUGCAAGUGCUGUGCAAGACUGUUAAUAGAUCGUCCCUUGUGUCCUACCCAAACAGGCCUCGGGUUUUCAUUCUUUCGGACAUUUCCAACGAACCUGAUGAUCAAGAAUCCUUGACGCGCUAUCUCCUCUACGCGAACCAAUUUCAGACCGAGGGUCUCGUCGCUUCAACAUCCACUUGGCUUCGAGAUGAAGUUCACCCAGAGGAUAUGCUGCAAGUGAUAAACGCCUACGGCAAUGUCACGGCAAACCUCAACCAGCAUGCCCCUCCUAAUGCGCAAUAUCCCUCUGGAGACUAUUUCCGGAGUAUUCUGCGUAGCGGCGCUAAGACCUACGGCAUGAAGGCAGUAGGCAGCAACGUCACCCUCAGCGACGGCGAAAAGCUUCUCCUCGAGCGUAUCCAGGCGGCCGAUCAGCCUCUCUGGGUUCUCGCCUGGGGCGGUACCAACGUCCUCGCUCAAGUGUUAUACAAGAUUCACCAGCACUUUUCGCCCGAAAAAGCUGCUACUCUGCGCUCUCGGCUCCGUGUGUAUGCCAUCUCCGAUCAGGAUGACACCGGUGCCUGGAUCCGUCGCAAUUAUCCCGACAUUUUCUAUAUCUCCUCCACCCACGGAUGGAACCAAUACGGCCUUGCUACCUGGAUCGCUAUCUCCGGCGAGACCUACUACGGCGUCGACGAGGGUGGUCCCAACGGAAGCACCGUCACUCAUCAGUGGCUCCGCGACAACAUCCAGAUCGGCCCGUAUGGCAGCGUCGCGUAUCCCGACUUCAAGUAUAUCAUGGAAGGCGAUACCCCGACCUUCCUGUAUCUCAUCCAGAACGGUCUUGGCGACCCCGAGAACCCCGGCUACGGAUCUUGGGGCGGGCGAUACACCAAGGUUGAUCCCUCAACGGCUCUAAACUACAACCAUUACAGCGAUGCGGCGGAUCGCGUAGUCGGUCUCAACAACCGGACGUUCAAAUCGAACUUCGCGAGUAUCUGGAGAUGGCGUGAUGCCUACCAGAGUGACUUUGCCGCUCGCAUGCAGUGGUCUCUACCCGCGAAUCUCAGCAAGGCGAACCAUCACCCCGUUGUUUCGGUUAAUGGAAGUACAGAGUUGAGUCCACUUAAGGUGACCGCUAUGGCGGGUUCCAGUAUCAGCUUUGAUACAUCUGGUACUUAUGAUCCUGAUGGCGAUGAGUUGUCGUACACCUGGUUCCAGUACCAAGAGCCUGGAUCGGAUGAUUGGAACGUGGCUGGCCAGGUUCCCGCGCUGAACUUGACUACUUCGGAAAACGGUCAUCAGGUGCGAAUGAGCAUUCCUUCUUCAAGCGACAGCUGUAAUGGAAAGGGGGAUAACCCAUCGGGCUGCUGGUUGUUGCAUUUGAUUUUGGAGGUCACGGAUAACGGAGCUCAUCCACUGACAACCUAUCGGCGGGUGUUGAUCCAGACUACCAACCAGACGGCUUCUUCAUGA